AUGGAGGCUUCUCUGGUAAGACCUAAAGGAGAUUUCGUCAAUUGAGAAAUAAUUUAUUGUAUUCAUGGGAAUUGAUUGAAUGUUUCAGUAAUUACCAACCCUUACGUAUGUUGAAUUUUUUAUUUUAUCUAAUUUGAAGGAGGCCUUGAAAUCGGUGUUCGAACCAGAUUUGGUGAAAAAGACGCUCUCUUUGAUGCAAGUUUAUGUGAGAAACAUAGUGAAAGACCCAAGCAAUCAGAAAUACAGGAAAAUUCGAAUAAGUUAGUAAGCAUCGAUUAUGAACCGAAUUCCAUUGAUAUUUGACUUGUUAUGCUUAGUUUUACGUCAGUUUCACUUGCAUGUUUAUUGUAGCACAUGUGAUGAUGUUUUGUUGUCAAAUAUCAGGUAACCCCAAGUUCAAUGCCACCAUCUGGCAAGUGGAACAAGCCAGGACGUUUUUACUGUUUGCAGGGUUUGAACAGGUUCAGUUAGUUUUAAAUUAUAAGCUUUAUAUACACUAACUUUUUGUAAUAAACACACUGUAUGUUUACUUUGAGAUUUACAAUGUAUGUACAAUGUAUGUACAAUGUACUGUGUGCAUUUAAAAAUGCACACAGUGAACCCUACCUAGCUUUGCACCUGGAAUAACAAAUGCUUACUUGUGUCUUCCCUCUAAUUUAUCAGGAGAAAUUUUCCAUGUAUAAUAAUGAAAAUGAUUACUUCACUUUUCUAACCCUAACCCUAAGACUCUGUUACAUAUACAUGUACCCCAAAGACAAGCAGUCAGGUAGCUUGAUAAGUUUAAAGUGGCAGCAUAUCAAGAAUAAGUUUAAAGUGGCAGCAUAUUAAGAAUAAUUUUUGUUGCACUAAUAGACAAUCUUCAAAAGUUUAGGAAACUCUUUGGAAUCUCAAAACAGGAUCAUUUUCAUAAUCUCAUAAACAGUUUUCAUUUGGGCAGAUAAAGACUUCAUUGUUUGAAAAGCCUACUUCUCCUAUAAAGCAAAGGUUACAAAACUAUGAAACAUGGCCUAAUUUGAAUUUAAUUUGAUGAGACUACUUUAAUUUCAUUAGCUUUUGGUGUAGCCAUCAGACAUGAAAUGUAUUGUCAUAUCAAGCAAUUGAUGGAGGAGUUCCAAUAAGAGCCUUACAUGGCAUAACAAAUAGCCCUUAUUGCCAUCUGUUGAGAUUUCAUUUUAUAUAGAUUUGCCUUGCCCCUUUGGUUGUUGUAGUGGCAUAUUCCACCACAGGUAAUCAUUUGAAGUGUGAAAAAAAAAAAGCCCCUCUGUUUUGCAACUAGCUUCCAAAAUAAGAUUUUUUUAGUGGUUAAUGAAUUUCUUUUUGUAUCUAUGCCAUAAUGUCUCUUUAGGAAGGGGAUUUUCUGUUUCUACCCUCUUCUAUAAAACUUGAUGGAGCCAAACUGUUGAUUGAUGAAGCUCUUGGUAUUUUACCAUCAAGUCAAACACUCUCAGUUACUGGUAACUCCCCUGCUGCCACUCAACCCAGCGGUGUGCUCAAGCUUAAUAAACAGAAAGGUGAGUAAAAGUCACUGAAUAUGAGUUACACCAGGAAUAAUCUGUUUGGUUCCUAUACUUAUGAGGUCAUGAAAUUACAUAGAAUAAUGACAUGCAUCAAUACAAAAAAGCUCUGUGGUUCCAACUGUCAACAUGUGUGUGAUAAUAAAUAUAUUUUGAUUUCUAAUGCCUUUCAAUUUAUCAGACUCAAGCUUGUUUGAUCAAGAUGUCAAGGCAGAUCUCACCUUGCUGUCCUACAUGAAGGAAAUGGGUAAUUAUACAAUAGCUUUUCAAAGUGCUCUUACAGUGUACUUUUUUGAAUUAAUACAGUAGAAUCCUGCUGACUUAAACUCCCAAGGGAAAUGGAAAUUGGUUCAAGCUGGGUUUCUGCUUACUGGGUUGGUGUUGAAAUUCAAGUAUUUUGGUAAUAUUUAAUAAGGAAUCAUGUGUUUACUAUUUUUGUACAAUCAACAGUCAUUUUUAUCCAAUUAUUUUGUUUUUACAAGAAUGUUUAGUUUGGGAGGUUCAUUGAACUUUUUCUGAAAUGUUAUCAUGUUUAUGUCACUUGUGAUCAAUCAGCUAUGCUCUGACACUUUGAUGUUUGUAAACUGACCUUUUUAGGUAAAGUUUUAGCUACAAGCUAAAUUUGAGCCAAGGCAAAGUUAAGUUUGAGUCAAUAGGUAGUUCAAGUUAACUGAACUGCAGUUAACUGCAGUUACCCAUUCUGUAUUUACCAAUGAGAAACAACAAUAAUGUCCACGAAUAAUAUUUUCAUUAAGUCUCAUGGCUUGUACUUACAGGUUAUGAUGUCGGUGUAGCAGAAAGAGCUCUUAUUGUUACAAAAAACAGUGGAAUUCAGCCUGCUAUAGAUUGGUAGGUGCUAAUAAUUUGGCACGAAAGUUUUCACUUAAACAAGAGCUAAAAUUAAGGAACAGUAUAACAGACAUUCUGAAAACAAAAACACAAUAUCUUUUUUACUAGCUUGUUGUUAACACUAUAGGAUAAACCAGAACCCUGAUAAAGCAAGGGCGCCUCUCAGGAAUUCAGGGGCUAAUGUUCCACAGGAUAACUCAGAGAUUAACAGACAGGAACCACUUGCUUGCAACUUAUCAUUUGUAGUAAGUCACUUGCGCAUACUUUUAUACUUUUUUCUACAUUGUAUGCUAAUGUCAAGUCUACCCAGAAUUUUCUGCCAAUCAUUUACAGAGGACUUUCAUCACUGAUGACCACUUAUGCAAUAUUAUAUUUUUACAGUCAGCACCAGUUCUAUCUAGAUUCCAAAAGACAAUAGAUGAAAGGCAUAAAUUCCAGGAAAAACUCAGACUGGAAGCAAUUGAGGAGGCAAAGUAUGGAAACUAAGUGUCCAAUUCAACUGUGUUGAAGUUGUUUUUCUUCCUAGAAUAAACAGAUGUACCCUCACACAUUAUUAUGCAUAGAGGGCCACAACUGGGUCAUACUUAAUAUAUGCAUAUCAAGUUUCUGUUACAGACAAUGGAACAAAAGCAAAGCAGAAGGCUUUUCUCCCAUUGUCAAUAGGGAAGAAAACAGUAAAAAUAAAGACAAUAAACUUUUCAAGUGGAAUGCCAUCUACUGUGAAAUAUUUGCCACUGCUUUCUUAAGAGUGGAACAAAGGCAAAGUAGUAAGCUUUUCUCCUAUUGUUAAUAGAGAUGGAAAUGAUGAAAAUGAAAGAUGGUGUUUGUUUUUUUGUUUCAUGUGGAAUGCCAUCUCCUGUACUGAAAUAUUUGCUUCUCACCAAACACCAAAAAGAUAUCAGGGAUGUGGAAUAACUUUUUUUUAUAUCAAUAAAGUAAAAGAGGCAUGCACUGUAUACCAUUUGCACUAAGAUGGAAUAUAGUAAAUGAAUUUAUCUAUUUCUUCUAGAUUAGAAAAGCAGAGAAAGAAACUUCAUAAGGAAUAUUUAUUGAAAGAUUUGAAGGAUGAUAAAGAAGAAAAAUUGGAAAAGGUGUGAUGUUUUUCCAUGACAAUGCACAUAAUAAUAGUUGAAAUAGUAACUUCAGAGAUGCAGCACCAAAAGGUGCUUUGAUUUAUCUUCAUCAAAUGGGUGAAAAUUUGCAUAUGGUUGAAUAAAAUUUUUAACACAUGAUGCACUCUUCUAUCAUGCUUAUGUAUACUAAGCUAUGUGCAACUGAUCUGAUUUUUAAAACAGUGGACAUUUCCACAGCAUAACUUUCUUCUGCACUCAAAGUUCGAGGUGUUUUUUAUUCUCUAUUUCAAUUACUUUCAAUUUGUUUUAGUUUUAAUCUUAAGCAAUGCAAUCCCUGCCUUAGAAAUUCUCCCACAUGUACAUGUACUUGAUCUAAUACAUUCUAAAUUAAGUUGUUCAAAAGUGCAUGGGAAGUACGUAAGGUGUCUUGAUGGAUGGAUGCUCAUGUACUCAAAUUAUCACGAUAUAUCACCUAGACAAAACAGGCAAAGCUUGCAGAUAACAACCCAGGCCCAUCAAAUGAGCCAACUGCUGAUCAGCAUUGUGAUUUAAGUGAUUGUGUAUCAUCAUCAAUGGUGGAACUGAGAAUAAGAAUGCCAAACAGUCAGGUACUUUGUUAAAUGAAAAUCAAUCGUAACUAAUUAUAAGUAGAGCUGAAGAAAUUUAACAAUAAAAGAAAUAGGAAUAAAAGAAAACUUGUUUUUUAUUGCCAUUAUAACUUUUUAAAUCUUCACUACAGCAGGAUCAGUCCAGUUUAAUAAUUUUGUAAUAAGUACCCCCUUCAAUUAAGUGCCCUCCUUCCAAUAAGCACCCCUACUUCUAGCUGAAACAAGUGCCCAGGUGCUUAAUCAAGGUAAUGCGGUGUUAGAAGUUUGGGUUACUGAUUCAAACUGAGCUAUGAAACUACAAUACACACAGGAGAGAAGGUCAAGAUUAUGUCAAAUGUGGGUAGAUGUUUGGUUAAGUUUUCAGUAUUGUAGAAUUAUUCAUCUCUCCAUGUUAUGCCCAACACACGUCAUUGCAUGUAUGGUUGUUUUGUCAACACCCAAGAAUAUUAGGUGAUAAUGAAGAAACAUUAACAGGCUUGGUCAAUGCCACCAACAUUCUCAUUUUACUUUUGCCUUUUUCAGGUUUUAACUGUUUGUCUCUCUGAGGAUUCAACAGUUCAAGCGUUAUAUCAGUGAGUAACUUUCAACAUCACCGAGGAACUUGUAGCAGUGACUCUGGACUUACUUUCUAAAAAUUAUUUUACACCCUGGUUAAAUCAGUUCAGAAAAUUACUUAUGAUUUUUAUCCAGAGGAAGAUAAAUUAUUUUCAAUUUUGUUGUUUACAGAGAGGUUAUAAAGCAAUGGCCCACAAAUGACACUGUAAACUUGGAUGAUAUUUUCCUUAUGACAUCAUUUCCUCAGAGAAGAAUUUACGACCUGGAAAGAACUUUACAAGAAGCAGGUACAUGAUCAGCUUUAGAUCUACAUGCUAUUUUCAGAUAAGCAAUGCGGCCUAGUAAAUUGAAUAGAGAAUGUCUCUUCGGGUAAAUGUUGUCCUUUGAAUUGAGAAGGAUGUAAAUUUCUUAAGAGACAAGACAACAUCGAGGAAAAGAAAACUGAGAUAAAAAAAAGGUAACUUAGGUACACAACACAUACUGCGAGGGUUUACACUGAUCACAAAUGUGAUGUUAAUCGCAAUGAAACGAAAACAAAUUGUGUGCAAUGAAACUGUCAAACAACAGUCAAUGCUGAGAAGAAGAUUAGUCAAGUUGAUAACAUAAUGGAGUAACCGCCUACCAAAAUAUGAUUAAAGUAACGUUUUCAACAUAACCUGAUCACGGGUUCCAUAUUGGAGGUACAAAUUAAUCGUGAGGGAGUCGAGUGCUUGCCUUGGGUAGUAACCUCGUGGCACACCCAGUUGUAUACGGAAUUUUCUGCGGAUGAAUUUUUCAUUAUUUUCUCACAGAGUUUUAUUUGACAUUUCUUUUUAUUUCUAAACGCAGUAGUUAGGGAAUCUCAUUCUUGUGCUGUUCAUAGGCCAGGUCACUUAAAAAAAUUGUUUUGGUAUGGAUUCUCUUAAAUUUAGGACUUGUAGAAAACUUAUAUCCUUUGGCAUUACCAGAAGCAUAUGACGUAGGUUAUACGCUCCUUGAAGUACUUAUCGGAAAUGAAUUGUUCGUCAGAGUUUUGGGAAUGAAAUGUAUGAUUGGACCUGAUUUGUAGGUUUGGUGCCUCGUGCAACUGUUGUGGUACAGAGAACAGAUCAACAAGGCGUUGUUGUUCAGGGAGAGGGAGCAGGUAAAACCAGCGUCCUUUUUCAUAAACUGUUGUCCAUACUUGUAUACUUCACCCACGAAUUCAAACGUAAGAUGAAAGGCUAAAGUUCUUUAUUCUUGUUUGUUGUUUUUUUUAAAGAAGCAUAACCAGUUCAUCCAGUUCGGAAUACUGUCACCACCUGACAGAAUGAGGAUGUUUUCUAUGCAGCUUAAGUUAUAAACUGAAAUAAUCCUUUACCACCCGAUGUAAAAAACUUGUUACCCAUACAUCCUUAGGUCGACUUCUUCUCACUGCUCCAUAGUCUCUGCAUUAUUUAGUUUUAAACCAUAAGCUCAUGACCUAGGUUAUAAGCUACUGAUUAAACUAGUUGCGCCCUUCGCGGAUACGAGAGCGAUCCCAGUAUGUAGUAUCAAACAUCCACCUGUGUGUAUGGGCCAUGAGGGCCUGUUUUCAUGGACUGUGAAUGACGUUUCGAUAUGAGAGAAAGUUUUUCUCAGAAUAUCUAUUGUACCUUGUCAUUUGUUUCUAUCGUAGUGUGCGGUAUACGAAAUAUCACGAAACUCGACGACUGGCAAUCAGUACUGAGUGAGCGGGACAAACUAAUUGUUGUUCAGUUUUAUGCCAGUUGGUAAGCUGACCGACCCAUUUAGUCACUUUUCAUUAGGGUAACACAAGAAAAGAGCAUCCACUUAAAAUCCAUUUUUUCCAUGUAAAGCUACUGAACCGAGAUCUUUUUAGUCAUUGUACUUUGUUGCAGCAAAUUGCUUACUUCUGUCGUUGCUAAGGCCUCUUUAAACUUUUCCUUUGUGACAAAAGUCCGCUUAGUUCACCUUUCGUUUUACUUUGAGAAUUGCGCUUUUUAAGGUAGAAAGUUAAAACAACAUUGUAUUUUAUUGCAGGUGUUCAUUAUGUAGGUCCGUUUCAGACUCAUUCGAUUCAUUAAACGCAAAAUAUGGAAUGAACAGACAAGUUGUAUUUGUGCGGGUUAACGUCGAACAGUUGAAGGUUGGUGACAUCACCAAAUGUAAUAUUACUCUAAUUGGCUGGUAGAAAUGUCAACUGUUGGUUUAGCGCCUGGUAUAUCAUUCUGACUAUCUCACCUUGGAAGUCAAGUCUCUCUAGAGUCCUAGUCGGUGAUAUUUCAAACUUUUCGUAGAGAGUAAAUACUUUUUGGAAAAUACGUGUGGCAAAUCUAGGUUUCUGUUUAUCUCAUUUGUUGUAUUUCUGUGACUGACGCUUACUAAACGUCUAGUAAAGACUAAUUAAACGUGAAUGUAUCUCCCUUUUACUCUGAUGUGGUUAUUGACAGGUGCUAAAAUACCAACAGAGAGUCACGUCACUGCCGACUUUUAAACUCGUUUGGAACGCACAGGUAUUUGAUAUAUUAGCUGAUGAUUAGAUAAUAUUUUUAAGUCCUUUUACCAGACUUCUUUCCGUGCCAUGGACUUGUCGUGGGAUAAUUUCCUUGAAACUAAAAGAAUUACUUCUUUUUUAUGUGUUACUUAGACUUUAGCUCAUGUAGAAGGAACAAAUAUGGAUGAUUUGAGGCAAGAAAUCGAGAAAAACAUGAGGGGGCCAAGUGACACGAUCCCACAAGAAGAGCCAUCGCUGGAUGAUUUGAACCAUGACCCGAGAUGA